AGUAACGAAGUGAUUGAGUCACCGAGAGACAGAGGGGAAGACUGAGAGAGAGAGAGAGCAAGAGAGGGGUAAAAAAAAAGGACAGAAAUCAGAAGAGAGUGGAGCUGAAAACCAGGGGAAAGCAGAGAGGAAACAAAGUGUAAACAAUAGUGUUAUUCUGACAUCAUUACUGCAAAGGACCUGAAUCAAACCACAACUAGAGGACACCCUAAACUAAAUCUGGACUGGAAUCUGAGCCACACCAAAGCAAGUCUGCAUAUUGAGCCGAGCCAAUCUGCACAGAAUACGGGAACAUGAAUUUAAUUGAUUCAGGGCUGGCAGUUGAUGAAGGACAGGAUGCAAAUCCUUUUUUCCCUGACAAAAACUCAACACUGCUGAGGAAACCAAAGGUUGAACCAGUGAAGGAUGAUCUCAAGUUUGUGAUAACCGCAGAGCCGGAGCCCAGCACUGUAAUGGGGGCUGUCAACUUCACUGCCUAUGACACGGGGAGGGACAUCAUUCCGGUUUACUGCUCUAUUCUCGCAGCAGUUAUCGUGGGACUUAUCAUCUAUGUUACUGUGAAAUGCUGGAACACCUGUAAACAGAAGAAGCAGCUGGCCAAGGCACGGGCUGGUGAGCUUGAUGGAGGAGGUGAAGGCGAGAAGCUGCACAGUGACAGUGGAGUGUUUGUUGACUCUCACAGCCUCCAUGAACCACAGCUCAGCAAAGUUGUUCGUGCAGACCCAGCCCUUUACAGUAAGCUCCCACUGCAGAAACGGGAAGAGAUUGAGCAGCUACUUGGUGGCCAGGGAGCCAACCGAACUGACUGGCGCAACCUGGCACAUCUCCUGGGCUAUGAUGAGGAGCGCGUGGCCACCAUUGGCCGAGGGGAGGAUCCGGCUCACACACUGCUGUCUGAUUGGUCAAUGAGGGCCGAUGCCAACCUGGAUGUGCUUUGCAAGGCUCUGGGAAGGAUGGAAAGGGACGACAUCGUAGAGCGUCUAAAAUCGGAGCCAGCCGUGACUUCUGUGGUGUGAAGGAGAAGCCAGUACCCAAUGUCUGAGACUUAAAUGGGUCACCCAGAUUCAAAAGUCCAUCUGGUUCUUGCAAAUUUAUUUAAAAAAAAAACCUCUUGGUUGUAGUUUGGACAUGUGAGGCAGUCCAUUAAUUGUAUGAACUGGGAAUCCAUCAGCAGACAGUCUUGCCUUUUGCUUAUACCUGACUAUUUAGCAUGAAAUAUGUGGGGUAAUUUCAUUUCUCUUGAUUUUAAGUAUCACGCAUCCUGUGCAUUGUUUCUCAGGCUGGGUGCCCUGCCCCACAUAAAGAGUUUUCUACAUUUGCUCUUCUUGUGCCAGUUCUCAUUGUAGAUUCCUUGCACGCCCACCCUCCACAGUCUCACCAACGUGCCCUUAUUUUGUCCAGAGCAGCAAAUUUUGGGAACUCUUUAGAGAGGCAACAUAGCCAAACCAAUCCUCUCUGCACUAGAUCUAACAAGAUGGGGCAGACCCUUCCUAACAGCUGAGGGCUGUGUGCCCCUUGCAGUAUGCCAAGGAUUUAAUUUUUGGUAUGGGAUAGUGAGGAAGAAACUGAACCACAGGACACUUUUGGUUUAGGAUUCCUCAUCAUUAAAUUGGAUCUAGCAAGUUAACAUGGUUUGUGGCUGCUGCAUAUGCUACCCAACUGGUCAAGGUCCUGAUCGCAUCCUUUCUCCUUGAUGGUGUUAUCCUAAAUUCAUAAAUUAGAUUGUAUGGUACAAGAGUUACUCAAAAUGACAAUCAGCUUCUAUGAAUCCUCACAAAAUGAUUUCCUUCAACAUGAAGUCAACAUGAAGUCAACACGUGCUUUAACCCACCAAGGUUAAGGAAGGGAAAAAGUAGUCAGAGAUCUCCUUCACUGUGGACUGUGUGGCGAACUAUUAGAAUGUGCAUUAAUUGGAUACUGAGGCCUAGAAAUUGCUUUGUGGCAUUUUCUUGACCCAGGGUUGUUGGGUGGGUUGGUGGGGGCAGGGGUUCAUCCUAGCACUGUUUGUGGACAUUGCAUAGAGAGUGCAGACUUGAGACGUGAGGUUCACAGAAGAAUAUUGCUCGGAUUCCCUUGUAAAGCUGCACUAAAAAUUAUAUUCAGUAUCAACACAAUAUUCUCUGUUAACAUGUUGGAAGUUCUUGCAAUUGUCAACAAGUAGUCCAGCAUGUGCGAUCUUUACAGUCUCUGAAUGGCUGCACUUUUGGGGGAGCCUGUGUUACAGGCAAAUGCCCGUGCCCACUCUGUGUGUUCUGGUGGGCCACAGGAAAUAUAGAUAAAGUUGUCUUGGUGUAUGGAAUUAGGGUGACUUUUCUAAUGUAGUGAGCAGCAACCCAUGAGAUAUGGCAGUGAUCCUUAGUAACAAAAGCCUGGAAUGAUCCUGGAAAGCUGAGAGUGACCAUGAUUCCAACCUUCAGGGGCAGAGCAGUGGAGGUACAUUUGAGGUUGUAGGAGGUCCAACACCUUGGUAAUGAUUACAAAUGCAAUUUUUGGCCCUUUAUGUAUCACAGUUUCAGUGGAAACAGGGUUAGUAAAACAAAGCAAAAAAACAAACUGCUGGUGGAUCAGGCAGCAUCUGUAGAUGGAAGUGGCCAGUCAAUAUUUCAGGUUGAGACCCUUCAUCUAGCAAAACAAAAUCCAUCUGAUUUGUGGAUAAAUUAAACUUGUUAGGUUGAAAAUCUCUGCAGAUGAACUUGUUGCAUCAAUGUCAUUUGGUAGAGUUGUAGCCAGCUAAAAAAUGCUAGGGAGAAUGAAAGUUCAGUGAGAAGAAUUUCCUGAUGGACACUGAGGCACCCAGAAAUGUGCAAAGAAAAGUUGUUUUACUCUGGAUCAACUCGACUUUCUAUAGCACAGCAGUUUUUUUGCAGUCAUGUGAGUUAAUUUAAAGCCUGGGGAAUUUGGGAGAGUAUUAUUAGCUGUGACCCCUCCAUUGUAAUCCCAUGCCAAGAUGCUGUAAGGGUCAUGAAAGGCUGUUUGAGGGAGAAGUAGUGGAUUGGGGACGGUUGGUCAGUGUGUGUACCUGGAGAAAAUUCAGAGAAAACACUGCAGCCAGCAGUAUCAAGAGAAAGUGAAGAAUGUUUCAUUCUUAAAAACUCAACUUAUUUGGCCUAAAUCUAUCUUUGCACAGAGUGACAGGUUUUAGUAUCACUUCAAAGUUUAAAAUGAAACCUCACAUUGUAAAUAGAUGCAAGUUUCCACAGUGCUAUGUGAGAUAAGUUUAAUUCGGUCUCUGAAUCUAGUUCCCAGUGGAAGGAGCAUAAAUCUAGAAUUAAUUCAACUGUGGGAUGAUAUGUAUAAAACACAGCAGGCAAAUGCAGAAUCUUCCAAGGGAAAGUCUGAUACAAAUGUUGCCUGAUCCCCAAAGACAAUCAAGUGUGAAACCUUGAUCAUAGCUGGGUCAGCGGGUAGAUCUGUGGUUAAUGUUCAGCCCACUGGAGAUUAUGGAGGCACUUGCCUGCACUAUAGAUAACUUCAUAGUUAACUUUGUGUAGUUCAGUUCCCACUGAAACUGUGAUACUUAAAGGGCCAAAAAUUGCAUUUGUAAUCAUUACCAAGGUGUUGGACCUCCUACAACCUCAAAUGUUCCUCCACUGCUCUGCCCCUGAACAUUGGAAUAUAGUGUAACUUUGCUCUAUAUCUAACUGUUGCUAAUGCUGUUCCUUUGUGAACAGACAAACUAUAAUGCUGGGCAUUGAAAGCUUCACCUUGAGUCACACACAGUUCAAUCAAUCCAAACAAAGUCAGGGCUGUAAAUGCUGAUAGAUCCAUCAAAAUGACCUCUUAUUAAUUAAAACAGUUGCCACAUUAACUAAAAUGGCAGCUAGUGUCCAAUAAUGAAGUAUUUACUAAUUAGUUCUUCAUGCCAAUUUUUUGAUGUAAUUUGCUAGCAUUAUUUGUAUCGUUUAUAGUUUUUUGUUAAUAAAUACUGGAUGCCGGUAGAAAAGGCACAAUCUCAAAGGAGGAAUUGUCAACCUACUUUUUCUGGAACUUGUACAUAAAGAAAUGAACAGUGAGCUUUUUUUUGGCUCUUUUUACAAAUAGUUUCACUUUGAUAUUGUACUGUAAUUGCAGCAUUGUGUCUGACAAACAAAUUCAUAUCUUAAAAAAAUCAUCAGUUUUACAUUAUGGCAAAUAAACAUUUGGAAA